AGGGGGAGGCGAAGUAGAAAAGAGCAUAGACUUCUUCAGUGAGAACGAAACGAGAGGGGGCGUCAGUGCGAACAAAGUAAUUUUAGGGAGAGGAAUGAGAUGACAUUCGGAAAUUGAACGGAAGUAAAACACUCUGGGUUUGUAUCUUCGUGGUUUUCCGACGUAGACGAUACAACCAAACUUCAAUUUCAGCCUCAAAUCAAGUCGUGGAUGUGGGGUGCAUAUUUCACCCUGGGAUUUAGCUACACGAGAAACGUUCCUGCCGUCAAAAUUUCUCUCCUCUCUUUAUUUUGUGUCAGGUGGCUGAACUGUGGAAGCUACACAGGACAAUAUCGAUUCCACAGGAUUUGAAACAUUUGUUCUAUACUUUAUACAAAAGUACGAAGAUGUCUGGGCAAAGCAUUACGGAUAGGAUAACUGCAGCUCAACACAGUGUAACCGGCUCCGCGGUGUCCAAAACUGUGUGCAAGGCGACCACACAUGAAAUUAUGGGACCAAAAAAGAAACAUUUAGAUUACUUGAUCCACUGCACCAAUGAGAUGAACGUGAACAUCCCCCAGCUGGCAGACACCUUGUUUGAAAGGACUGCCAGCACCAGCUGGGUGGUGGUCUUCAAGUCUCUCACCGCCACACACCACCUCAUGGUCUACGGCAACGAGAGAUUCAUACAGUACCUGGCUUCAAGGAAUACACUUUUUAACCUCAGUAACUUUUUGGACAAAAGUGGCCUACAAGGCUAUGACAUGUCGACGUUCAUAAGGAGGUAUAGUCGCUACCUGAACGAGAAGGCUGUAUCGUAUCGACAGGUCGCUUUUCACUUCACCAAAGUAAAACGAGGGGCGGAUGGCGUUAUGAGAACCAUGAACACAGAGAAGUUACUGAAGACCCUACCCAUUAUCCAAAACCAGAUGGAUGCACUACUUGAUUUCAAUGUCAAUGCCAAUGAGCUCACCAACGGAGUGAUAAACGCGGCCUUCAUGCUUCUGUUCAAAGAUGCCAUUCGACUGUUUGCGGCCUACAACGAAGGCAUUAUUAACCUGUUGGAGAAGUACUUUGACAUGAAGAAAACUCAAUGCAAAGAGGGCCUUGACAUCUACAAGAAAUUCCUCACUAGAAUGACAAGAAUCUCUGAAUUCCUUAAAGUAGCGGCGCAAGUAGGGAUAGAUCGAGGGGACAUCCCAGACCUCUCCCAGGCCCCCAGUAGCCUCUUGGAUGCCUUAGAGCAGCAUUUGGCUUCUUUAGAAGGGAAGAAGGUGAAAGAUUCCACAGCAGCCAGCAGGGCUAGCACUCUCUCCAACGCUGUCUCUUCUCUGGCCAACACGGGCAUAUCUUUCACCAAAGUGGACGAGAGGGAAAAGCAGGCAGCUCUGGAGGAAGAGCAGGCUCGCCUUAAAGCGCUGAAGGAGCAGCGUCUGAAGGAACUCCAGAACGGUCAUUUUUCCUAUGCCACCACGGCUGCCUCCCCUGUGUCCACUGACGGGCGGACCAUCAACACAGCACCGGCCAUCGACCUUUUCUCCACACCCAGCUCCACAAACGGCACUUCCAAGGCGGCGAGUGACCUUCUGGACUUGCAGCCUGCAUUUCAGCAGCAGGCACUGCUACUCUCCACUGGCCUACCAACAGCCAACACAUGGGGAGAUCAUUACAAUCCCUUUAUUGUUUCGAGCUCUUCCAUUGCAUCUGAUCAUGAGCACCCAGUGCGGAUAGAGCAGUUUAUCUCAGACUCUUUCUGUGGGCCAGCAUCAUACCCUACCACUCCUCUCUUCCAGUCUGAGCCCUCUGCUGUAGCUGGUCUAUUUGGAGGAUUCUCAGUGUCUUCCAUCACGCAGCCCCAGACCGCCGGAGGCCUUAACGUCAACUUUGACUCUGUGUUUGGCAAUAACUCAGCCUCCGCCAACAAUGUUGACUCUGCUGUGGCCUCCAUGCCCAGCCAGGGGCUAAUCCCAAACGGGCAGCAGCUUGGGAAACUGGUAUCGGAUGACCUGGACUUGUCCUUGGCCAACCUUGUGGGCAAUUUGGGGAUUGGCAAUGGUGUGGCAAAAAAUGAUAUUCAUUGGAGUCAGCCUGGUGAGAAGAAGUUGACAGGUGGAUACAAUUGGCAACCAAAGAGUGCUCCCUCUACCACAUGGAACCCUGCCACCAUGAACGGCAUGCAUUUCCCACAAUACGCACCAUCUGUCAUGGCCUUCCCUGCAACGACGCCGACGGGAAUGAUGGCAUAUGGAAUGCCUCCCCAGAUGGGUUCCAUGGCCAUGAUAAACCAACCCACCAUGAUGUACAGCCAACCGGUUGUGAGGCCGGCCAACCCCUUUGGCCCAGCCCCAGGAGCACAGUCCUCGGCAGCUUCUAGUCCCUCCAGUCAGAGUCCUCUCAGAGCGCCAGGAAAGGACCCCUUUGCACAGCUCUCUCUCAAGGAUUUCUUGUAGAACAUCUUUAGAUGCAGUUCAUGUAACCUGAAAGGGAGGCUUUUGUCCUCUGAAGGCAAACCAAGAAGCAGCUAAACUUUCACUUUCAAGUAAAAUUCUGUUUUUACUCAUCGUUGAGAAUAUCAGCCCAAAAAAGAAAGGACUUGAAGGAAUCAAGGGGAGGAAGCCAUGUCCAAGACGUGUCAAGUAUACGUAGGACAAGGAUCCCAUUUUGUAAUUUGUCUUAUGAGAAAAAGUGUGUGACCCCUCUACAGGGAUCACUUAUCCCAUUUGUCUUCUGUAAAAGAUAAACAUGGGUGUGGAAAGGGAGAUAAUUUGACUUUUUGCUGUUAUGUAUAAAAAAUAGUGGGUUAUCACACAGAGCUUGAUGUUCUUGGGGUGAUCAAUCGUGCAUUAUCUCAUUUAACCAUCACUGAUUAGUAACGCUAACCUCUGUUUUAUACCAUGAUUUCAAUAUUUUUUCUUUCAAAAAAGUUUUAUUACAUUUGCAGUAGACAUUCCUUGUGUAUUGUUAGUAUUUAUUUAUAAUUACCCAUGGAGGAAAUGGGGUGGGUGGGGGGGAUAAUAAUAAUGUCAUUGAACUCUUCCUUGUGGGAGGUAUUCAGGUUUAUACAUGGUUAUGAUUGAUUGUAUGAUUGGAGUUUGAGAGUGACAGAGUAAAAAAUAGUUCAUAUAAAGAUGAAAAAAUGUAACUGACUGUCAACAGACAGUUUAGCUCUAAUCACUGAACUGGCAUGUCAAGCACAGUUCUUUGUGGCUCAAAGUUACAACCCUCCAUGUAUAAGGGGUGAUAUGGACGUCAAACAAGGGUAUUCAUUCAAUACAGUCAAUUCUGUGAGCUAGGGUCUUUUUUCUUUUUUUGCAAGGGAACAUUUUCACGCACUAGCAAAGCACUACAUUUGUGAUUCGGCGACAUUGCAUUGAGAUGGAUCCGCAUUUAUGCUUUAUGCUUGGCAUGUCGUUUAUUUUACAAGGCUGCCUUUCCAACCUGAAUGUGCAGUGUGUCCUUGAGGCUCGGGGCCAUCUUUACAUACAGUGCCUUGCGAAAGUAUUCGGCCCCCUUGAACUUUGCGACCUUUUGCCACAUUUCAGGCUUCAAACAUAAAGAUAUAAAACUGUAUUUUUUGUGAAGAAUCAACAACAAGUGAGACACAAUCAUGAAGUGGAACGACAUUUAUUGGAUAUUUCAAACUUUUUUAACAAAUCAAAAACUGAAAAAUUGGGCGUGCAAAAUUAUUCAGCCCCCUUAAGUUAAUACUUUGUAGCUCUACCUUUUGCUGCGAUUACAGCUGUAAGUCGCUUGGGGUAUGUCUCUAUCAGUUUUGCACAUCGAGAGACUGAAAUUUUUUCCCAUUCCUCCUUGCAAAACAGCUCGAGCUCAGUGAGGUUGGUUGGAGAGCAUUUGUGAACAGCAGUUUUCAGUUCUUUCCACAGAUUCUCGAUUGGAUUCAGGUCUGGACUUUGACUUGGCCAUUCUAACACCUGGAUAUAUUUAUUUUUGAACCAUUCCAUUGUAGAUAUUGCUUUAUGUUUUGGAUCAUUGUCUUGUUGGAAGACAAAUCUCCGUCCCAGUCUCAGGUCUUUUGCAGACUCCAUCAGGUUUUCUUCCAGAAUGGUCCUGUAUUUGGCUCCAUCAAUUUUAACCAUCUUCCCUGUCCCUGCUGAAGAGAAACAGGCCCAAACCAUGAUGCUGCCACCACCAUGUUUGACAGUGGGGAUGGUGUGUUCAGGUUGAUGAGCUGUGCUGCUUUUACGCCAAACAUAACGUUUUGCAUUGUUGCCAAAAAGUUCAAUUUUGGUUUCAUCUGACCAGAGCACCUUCUUCCACAUGUUUGGUGUGUCUCCCAGGUGGCUUGUGGCAAACUUUAAAUGGCACUUUUUAUGGAUAUCUUUAAGAAAUGGCUUUCUUCUUGCCACUCUUCCAUAAAGGCCAGAUUUGUGCAAUAUACGACUGAUUGUUGUCCUAUGGACAGAGUCUCCCACCUCAGCUGUAGAUCUCUGCAGUUCAUCCAGAGUGAUCAUGGGCCUCUUGGCUGCAUCUCUGAUCAGUCUUCUCCUUGUAUGAGCUGAAAGUUUAGAGGGACGGCCAGGUCUUGGUAGAUUUGCAGUGGUCUGAUACUCCUUCCAUUUCAAUAUUAUCGCUUGCACAGUGCUCCUUGGGAUGUUUAAAGCUUGGGAAGUCUUUUUGUAUCCAAAUCCGGCUUUAAACUUCUUCACAACAGUAUCUCGGACCUGCCUGGUGUGUUCCUUGUUCUUCAUGAUGCUCUCUGAGCUUUUAACGGACCUCUGAGACUAUCACAGUGCAGGUGCAUUUAUACGGAGACUUGAUUACACACAGGUGGAUUGUAUUUAUCAUCAUUAGUCAUUUAGGUCAACAUUGGAUCAUUCAGAGAUCCUCACUGAACUUAUGGAGAGAGUUUGCUGCACUGAAAGUAAAGGGGCUGAAUAAUUUUGCACGCCCAAUUUUUCAGUUUUUGCUUUUUUUUUUAGUUUGAAAUAUCCAAUAAAUGUCGUUCCACUUCAUGAUUGUGUCCCACUUGUUGUUGAUUCUUCACAAAAAAAUACAGUUUUAUAUCUUUAUGUUUGAAGCCUGAAAUGUGGCAAAAGGUCGCAAAGUUCAAGGGGGCCGAAUACUUUCGCAAGGCACUGUAGACCAGCACUGGGAUUGGGGGAAAGAGGGUGGUGAUCUUCACAGGAGGCAGGGAGAAAAGCUAUGAUUGUGUCACUGGAAGGUCAGCUCUGUGUAAGUGGCAGACCUGGGUUUAACUACUAUUGGACAUCUUUUAAAUACUUUGUUUGCUUUAGCCUGUCUAGAGUGCCAGAUAUGCUGUGUUAGCAGUUUUGGGACGAUUCAAUUGGUCCAUUAAGCCAGACGAGCUCAAUCAAGCACAGAAAGUGUGAAAUUAGUAUUUGAUCCCAUAUCUGGUAAGUGGGCAGAAAGGUCCAGUUAAGCAGGGAGAAAUGGAACACUGUUGAUCGGUGCUUUGUGUGUGUGUGUGUGUGUGUGUGUGUAUAGAAGAGAGCCUAUCCCAUGAGGGAAAGGAUAUGUGCAGGAUGGUCAGAACCUGAAGGUCAUUCUAUUCAUCAAAUAUUUACUGCAUUGUCCCUGCAGAGUAUAUUUUUGUUUAUAUUAAAUAUAAAUAAAUUGAUGUAUGCAGACUUUUGGUUGAUUUUCCAAUAAAGUGCAGUUUCCAGUGGG